UGUCUGCGGCGCUGAGAGGAGGGAGAGUUUUUCAGCACAGUGUGUGACCAGCACGAGUUAUUUUAUGACUAGAUUGGACAAGUUUUCUCAACGUCACAGCUCCUUACAAAUUACUGAGAUGUUAUAGCUUCCUUUGACAGAUAGUGUUUAUCCCUUUUAAAAUUUUCGUCUGCGGCGAAACUUUUUUUUUUUUGGAGGGGGGGUGAGAACAACUAGCCGUCCACGGGAGACGUUCAACUCUUUUGGCUGGCGACCUUAUGUGGAUUUUACAGAAAAUAUGGAGAAGAUACCCGGUUUCUCCUCGGGAAAGUCACUAGUCUUUAUCUUCUGCUUCGUCCACCUCUCUCUGGCUCUACAGUGUGUGAAUGAGAAGGAGCCUUGUAUAAACAAUGCCACAUGCCUGACUUUCAGCAAUGGCACUGAAUACUGCAGGUGUGCUUCAGGUUUCUUGGGUGAAUAUUGCCAGCACAAAGACCCAUGUCACCCUGGCUACUGCCUGAAUGGAGGGAACUGCUCUGUGUCAAUGUCGGAUGGCGUGCCUGUGCCAAGCAGCGCCAGCUGCACCUGCCCUCUUGGCUUCACCGGACAACACUGCCAAACUCCACAGAAUUCCACUUGCUAUCCAAACAACCCCUGUACCAAUCGAGGUGUCUGCACCCUGCUGUCUCUUGAAAAGUACAAGUGUGAAUGUGCCAGAGGAUGGACAGGUCCACGCUGUGAGCAUGAGGACAGCUGUCUCUCUAGUCCUUGUGCCAAUGGUGGAAAGUGCAGCUCUCAUUCAGGUGGUAGCUACACCUGCUCCUGUCCCCAGGGAUACAAAGGUCCUCGCUGUCUUAAUGACACAGAUGAAUGUGAAGACACGCCAACUUUAUGCCAGAAUGAAGGAGUGUGUGUCAACACCCCUGGCUCCUACAAGUGUAACUGCGCGCCAGGGUUUACGGGCCAACACUGUGAAAGUUCAUAUGUUCCUUGUUCACCAUCACCAUGUCAAAAUGGAGGCACCUGCUACCAGAGCUCAGAAACCUCCUACACAUGCCACUGCCUGCCAGGUUUUAAUGGAAGCCAAUGUGAGAACAACAUUGAUGACUGCCCUGACCACCAGUGUGCAAAUGGAGGAACCUGUAUGGAUGGAGUCAACACCUACAACUGUCAGUGUCCUCCAGAGUGGACUGGCCAGCACUGUACAGACGAUGUGGAUGAAUGUCAUCUGCAACCAAACACAUGCCAGAAUGGUGGCACUUGCAGCAAUGUCAUUGGAAGCUAUGUUUGUGUGUGUGUUAAUGGUUGGAGUGGACCAGACUGCUCUGAAAAUAUAGAUGACUGCGCUACAGCUGCAUGCAGCCCAGGAUCCACCUGCAUCGACCGCGUUGCAUCUUUUAUCUGCCUCUGCCCUCGUGGAAAAACAGGUUUGCUCUGCCACCUCGAUGAUGCCUGCAUCAGUAAUCCAUGCAGAGAGGGCUCUCAGUGCGACACCAAUCCCAUCAGUGGCAUGUUCAACUGUAACUGUCCACCUGGAUAUGUGGGCAACACCUGCAACACUGACAGAGACGAGUGCAGUAUUGGUACCAACCCGUGUGAGCAUGGUGGCCAGUGUGUCAACACUGAUGGCUCCUUCACCUGUAACUGUGUUCGGGGUUACGCUGGACCACGCUGCGAACAGGACGUUAAUGAAUGUGCUUCAAACCCCUGUCAGAACGAUGGAACUUGCCUGGAUCGCAUUGGGGAUUACACCUGCAUUUGCAUGCCUGGAUUUGAAGGGACACACUGUGAAAUUCAGGUGAACGAGUGCAUGAGCUCCCCCUGUCUGAACCAGGGUAAAUGUGUGGACCAUGUCAGCCGCUUUGUCUGCGAGUGCCCAGCAGGGUUCAGCGGUGAAAUGUGCCAAAUAGACAUAGACGAGUGCUCCAGCACGCCCUGUUUGAACGGCGCCAAGUGUAUCGACCGACCCAACGGAUAUGACUGUGAAUGUGCCGAAGGCUUCACGGGCCUUCUGUGUGAAGAGAACAUCAACGACUGCAUACCAGCUCCCUGCCACCAUGGCGUCUGCAAAGAUGGCAUUUCUACCUUCUCUUGCGAAUGCAAUCCUGGGUACAUAGGCUCCAUCUGUCAUAUCCAGGUCCAGGAAUGCUACAGCAAUCCUUGUCAGAACGGAGGACGCUGUAUUGACCUGGUCAAUGCCUAUCAGUGUAACUGUCUACCGGGAACCUCAGGGGUGAACUGUGAGAUCAAUGAAGAUGACUGUGCCAGCAAUCCUUGUGAAUAUGGAGAGUGUCAGGAUGGCAUCAACGAGUACAAAUGUGUGUGUGCGUCUGGAUAUACAGGAACUAAAUGUGAUGUGGAAAUCAACGAAUGUAUUUCAAACCCCUGUAUGAGUGGAGGGACCUGUGUGGAUCAGGUCAAUGGCUUCCACUGCCUGUGCCCACCCAGCACUCAUGGCCCUCUGUGCCUUUCUGGAACUGACCAUUGUGUGCCAAAACCUUGUAUUCAUGGAGAAUGUAUUGAACAACAACAUGGGUACCUUUGUGAGUGUGAAGCCGGCUGGGUGGGGCAGCAGUGUGACCAGGAGAAGGAUGAGUGCCAGCCAAGUCCAUGUCAGAAUGGUGGUACCUGUGUGGACCGCCAUAAUGGUUACACCUGCCAGUGCCAAGUCGGAUUCAGAGGCGUGAACUGUGAGAAGAACAUUGAUGAAUGUGCGUCUGGACCCUGCCUGCACCAAGGCAUUUGUAUCGAUGGAGUCAACAGUUACACCUGCCAGUGUAAUCCACCAUUUACAGGUAAACACUGUGAGGUGGAGCUCGUUCCCUGUGCUUCUCAUCCAUGUGAAAGAGGAGUGUGCCGUCCAACUGCAGAUUACACCUCUUAUACAUGUCGCUGUCCUGCUGGUUGGCAAGGAUUACGUUGCAACGAGGAUGUGAAUGAAUGCAAAAAGAAUCCCUGCAAAAAUGGCGGCCGUUGCAUCAACAGCCCGGGAAGCUACAUGUGUAAAUGUCAGCCUGGAUACAGCGGACAAAACUGUCAGACUGACAUUGACGACUGUUCACUGAACCACUGCCUGAAUGGAGGCUCUUGUGUGGAUGAUGUUGGGGGUUUCUCCUGUGACUGCCGUCCAGGUUUUAUUGGGUUGCGUUGUGACACUGAGGUGAACGAGUGCGACAGCCAGCCCUGCAAAAAUGGCGCUGUGUGCCAGGACCACGUCAACAGCUUUGUGUGUAUGUGCCAGCCAGGAUUUUAUGGAAUCUUAUGUGAGCGUAACAUCCCUGAAUGUACUGAAAGUUCAUGUCUGAAUAAUGGGACCUGCAUUGACGGCAUCAACACCUUUUCCUGCCGUUGCCGCCCUGGUUUCUAUGGAGCAUUCUGUGAGUACGAGCAGAACGAAUGCGACUCGCAGCCCUGUAAGAACGGAGGUACCUGUACUGAUGGAGUGGGCACUUACCGCUGUACCUGUCCUGUGGGAUACAACGGACAGAACUGCCAGAACUAUGUGAACCUUUGCAGUCAGGUCCGCUGCCACAAUGGCGGCUCCUGCUCUCAGACUGCAACAUCAUGGACAUGUCGCUGUCAAAUGGGCUGGACAGGACGUUACUGUGAUGUCCCCAACAUGUCCUGCCAGGACUAUGCUGCCCGAAAUGGCCUGGAAGUGGAGAAUGUGUGUAAGAAUGUGGGACGAUGCAUAAAUGUCGGUAAUACACAUCAGUGUCAGUGCCAGCCUGGAUAUAUGGGCAGCUACUGCGAAGAGAUGGUUGAUGAGUGCCAGUCAAACCCUUGUCGCAAUGGAGCUACAUGCAAAGACUAUCAGGGCACAUAUGAGUGUCUUUGUAAGCCGGGCUACCAGGGAGUGAACUGUGAGUACGACGUUGAUGAAUGCCACUCGAAGCCCUGCCUGCACGGAGGGACAUGUAUCAACCUCAUCAAUCACUUCACCUGUGCCUGCCCACCUGGAACACAUGGUCUCCAGUGUGAAGUGAACGUGGAUGACUGCACCCCGACAUCUGGCUCCCUGGAGCCUCGCUGUCUGAAUGGAGGACAGUGUAUGGAUGGUAUUGGCCGUUACACGUGCUCCUGCCCACCCGGGUUUGUUGGAGAACACUGCGAGGGGGAUCUCAACGAAUGCCUGUCUGAACCCUGCCAAUCUCCGGGCAGUCUUGACUGCGUUCAGCUGGUCAAUGACUACCAGUGCCGCUGUCGCCUUGGAUACGCAGGCCGUCAUUGUGAGUCAAUGGUGGAUCUCUGCCUGUCUAAACCGUGCCAUAACGGGGCCGUUUGCUCGAUGAACAUGUCCUCAGUACAUGGCUACACAUGCGCUUGUCCUCCUGGCUUUACUGGAUUCAGCUGUGGCGAAAUUGAGGGUUACAACUGUGGAAAACUGCGUUGCCAGAAUAAUGGGCGCUGUGUGGAGUCAUCCGCUGGCCACCUGUACUGUCAGUGUCAGCCAGGUUUCAGUGGGCCACACUGUGAGAAUGAACAGAGAUGCCCCUGGUCCUGCGAAAAUGGAGGAACCUGUGUAAAAGACCCAUCUAACCCCUACCAGUUCAGCUGCCGCUGUCCUCUGCGCUUCUCCGGACGAUACUGUGAGAACAAACUGCUUACGCCACCCCCUCCAACCUGCCCCUAUCCGGACUGCAAGGGGCAGUCAGGAGAUCGAGUGUGUGAUGAACAGUGUAACAACCAUGAAUGCCAGUGGGAUGGAGGAGACUGCUCGCUUAACUGGAAGAAGCCUUGGGAGAACUGCACUGCCAGCGUUGCUUGCUGGGAUCGCUUCAAAAAUGGAAAAUGCGAUAAGGAGUGUGACAACUCCGGGUGCCUCUUUGAUGGCUUUGAGUGUCAGGAACCCUCCUUAUGCAAGUAUGACAAGUACUGCGCAGAUCAUUACCAAAACAAAAUCUGUGACCGGAGCUGCUACACAGAGGCCUGCGGCUGGGAUGGCCUCGACUGCUCCUUUGAGAUUCCACCGAAAGUUGUUGGCGGCACGUUGAUCCUGGUCGUUCGGCUGCAGCCUGUGGAGCUGCUCGGAGACAUAAGGGGAUUCUUGCGUGCCCUGGGAGCUCUGCUGCACACGAAUCUGCAGGUGAAGCUGGAUGACAACAAGAAGCCAAUGGUGUACCCUUACUACGGAGAAGAGGAGGAGCACAAGCGGAGGAGUCGAAGCAGGCGGGAACUAGACAGAGAGGUUAUUGGCUCUGUGUUGUACCUGGAGAUAGAUAACCGUGAAUGUUCCCAGACCUCUGUCCACUGCUUCUCCAAAACCGAUGAGGCUGCGUCCUUCAUUGCAGCUGCACACAUUAAGGCUGAAUUGCCGUACCCCCUUGUGUCUGUUAGAAGCGAGCCACCGAAUCCUAUACCGGACAACCCGUUUCUGAUGUAUGUGGUUGGAGUUGCCGUGGUUGUUAUUCUGCUCAUCUUGGUGCUCGGGAUGCUAGCAGCCAAAAGAAAGCAUAAAAACAGUGUGCUGUGGUUGCCUGAUGGCUUCUUUCCAACUAAAAAUGACAAAAGGAGAGAGCCUGUUGGACAGGACGACUUUGACAUGAAAAAUUUCAAGACACAGGAUGGAUCUAUUGAUGGAGGUCAGAGUCAGCGGUGGCUUGAAGAUGAAGUGCCAUUCAAAAAGCCAAGAACUGAAGACAAACCACUGCUUCCCAUUCCGGUGGAUGCAGAUGUUGACCGAAGGGAGUGGACCCUCCAGCAUCGAAAAGCUGCAGACAUCACCCUGACGCCUCCGCAGGCCGACCUGGACGCAGACUGCCUGGAUGUUAACGUCAAGGGACCAGAUGGCUUUACCCCUCUGAUGCUAGCAUCUCUGCGUAAUGGUGGAGGCCCGGACUGCAGCCUGCAUGGAGAAGAGGAGGAGGAGAGUGGAGGAGAUGAACCAGGACCGAGCGUUAUUUCAGACCUGAUCGCUCAAGGUGCCUCUCUGAUGGCUCAGACCGAUCGUACCGGAGAAACCGCACUGCAUCUGGCUGCGCGAUACGCCAGGGCUGAUGCUGCCAAGAGGCUGCUGGACGCUGGAGCAGAUCCCAAUGCCCACGACAACAUGGGUCGAACUCCUUUGCACGCUGCUGUGGCGGCUGAUGCUCAGGGAGUCUUUCAGAUUUUGAUCCGUAACCGUGCAACAGAACUGGAUGCCAGGAUGAAUGAUGGCACUACUCCACUGAUUCUGGCAGCCAGGCUGGCUGUGGAGGGCAUGGUGGAGGAGCUGAUACACUGCCAUGCUGACAUCAAUGCUGUCGAUGACCACGGUAAAUCCGCUCUCCACUGGGCAGCUGCAGUUAAUAAUGUGGAGGCCACGCUUGGGCUUUUGAAGAAUGGAGCCAACCGUGACAUGCAAGAUAACAAGGAGGAGACUCCAUUGUUCCUGGCGGCACGAGAAGGCAGCUUCGAGGCAGCUCAGGUUCUCCUCGAUCACUACUCCAACCGUGACAUUACUGAUCACCUGGACCGGCUUCCCCGCGACACUGCUCAAGAGCGCAUGCAUCACGACAUCGUCCGUCUACUGGACCAGUACAACCUGGUCCACAGUCCACACAACGGGCCGAACCAUAUGGGUGGAGGAGGGAACUCCUCGGUCAUGUGCGGGGCCAACGGGGCGGGCUUCAUCGGCAUGCGUCCCGGACCGCAGGGGAAAAAGAGCAGGCGGGGUGGAGGUGGAGCAAAGGUGGGAGGUGUUGGAGGCAGCGCUAAGGAGCUGAAGGACAUGAAAGCAAAGAGAAGAAAGAAGCCCGCCGGGGGAGAAGCGCCGGGCUUGCCUGCGGCAGUCGGAGGAGCAAACGGUGGAGGCGCAGCAGGAGGGAGCAGUAACGGUGGCAAGGCAGCUGGAGGACUUCCAGAGAGCUCCGUCACCAUGUCACCUGUCGACUCGCUGGAGUCACCUCACUCGUACACGGGCGAUGUGUCUGCAGCUGCCACCACUACAGCAAAUUCUCCUCCCCUCCUGAGCAGCCCCACCUCCAGACAGAUGCUGCCCCCUGUCAGCCACAUGCUGGGACAGCAGCAGAGCUGGGUGGGAGUGACCAAGCACGGCUACGGCAGCCACAUGUUUGGCCUUGUUCCGCACCAGAUGGGAGGAUCCCACCCCGGCAUGAGCCAGCACCACGGCCAGAGCCCCAUGCUGACUCCCAUGAAUGUCACCAUGAGCAGGGAGCAGCUUCCGCCCAUCGUCACGUUCCAGAUGAUGGCCCCCGGAGCCGGCCAGGCCAUGAUGAAGCAGCCGCAGCCGGGCCAGGUGCCAGUCACACAGUCCCGGGGCCAGAGCCAGAGUCAGAGCCACUCCCACCAGGGGCCCAGCCAGCUCCACUGCGCCCAGGGCAUGAUGUACCAGAUGCCCGAGCAGAUGAGCAUGACGCACGGGCUCCCCCACACCCUGCAGCACCCGCACAACAUCAGCCAGGGUGGGCACGGAGCGAUCGAGGGCCAGUCCCGGCCGCUGCCCUCCUAUCCUCCCAUGCAGAGCCCCGUGGAUAAAUACCCAACGCCCCCGUCUCAGCACAGCUACACCACCGCCGGCUCGGAGGGCACCACGCCUGGCCACUCCGCCCACCCGCCCAGCGAGCACCCAUAUCUCACCCCGUCGCCCGAAUCCCCUGACCCUUGGUCGUCGUCCUCGCCGCACUCCAACUCGGACUGGUCCGACGUCACCACCAGCCCCACUCCGCUGGGGAAUUCCCAUCAUGCACUGCAGUCGUCCCACCACACACACAUUCCUGAGCAGGGGCAGCAGCACCCACAGUCGCAACAGAUGCAGCAGGCGUCUCAGCAGCCGCAGCCUGGAAACAUGCAGGUGUUUGGGUAGGCCUGCCCGAGGAAAGCACAAACAGACUGAGUUUGGAGCUCCUGUGUAGUUAAAUAGCGAGACAUAGUAACACGUUCCACGCUUUUCUCGCCGCCCCUUUUAAUUCUCUUUGUUUAUCCUACCAUAUAAUAAUCAGUCGCCUCCCUUUUUAUAUUUUCCUUUUUGCACUUAAGAAACUUUGUAUAGUUACUUAAACAUUUUUGAGUACGAUCCUAAACCAAGGAGCUCAGAGCUGGCUGUCACCAGCUGACGCCACUUCGCAUUGUUGCUUGUUUGAUCCCAGCCCAAAAUCCUCUGAUCUCUGAUGGUCAAGUCGAGACUUUUCUCUUUUUCAUGCGGCACCAAACACUCAAACUGUUUAUCGACGGAUCGUGGAGGAGCUGCAGACCAGAUGGUGCUCAGCUGGUGUUGCUUCAGAGAAACAGACUGUGGAGACGGACACUGAGAUGGAGCUGUGGACGACGUUGUUGCUUGUUCGUGCUAAAUGCUAUCCUCACACGUUGCUCAGUGUGGUAAACCAGCCUUUACUAACUCCUCAUUGAAACCACUUACUCUACUGUUUUAUUAUGAUGGGUCAAGAUUGUUGGUGCAGUCAUUGUCAAAGCAGAACUACCCAUUUGUUGCCUGUCUGUGUUUUUUUCCCUUGUAUUUUUGUUCUUGAUGUAAAGGGGAUUUGCAUUAGAAAAGGCUGUACGACAAACACCAACCGAACUACACAUUAAGAACAGAUGCACAGCGAGGCAGAGUGUUACAAUGUGGGUCAGAGCUUCUGGUGUGAACAUUUUAAACAUAUUGUUAGUACUUUGAUUCCAGCUGAUAACUGAUAGUGUUUCUAAUUAAACACCAUCUGUCCGACAUGCAGUGCUUUUAGCUGUCACGCUGUGGUUGCAGCCGUGUUUUUCAGCAGUUCCUCUUAGAGAAAUCAUUUGAAAACCAAAUAAGUCUUGUGUGGGUGUUUGUCCAGAGACAGACCGCGAGUUGUUGAGGAAUUCAUUCAUAAACUUUAUG